AUGACAGAAGAAAACGAUAACGUUACUCUGGGUAACAAUGACCCGGGUAGUCCAAAAUCGAAGCGCCGCCGAAUUUCAACUGACACGGAUGGUAAUGAAGAGAAGCCUCGAAUUGAAGAACCGAUUGCCACAAUUCAAAACGUUCACAAUAUGUGUCAAGAGUUGUUGGAAAAACAGAAAAACCUCGAGAAAUCUAAUUUGGAAAUCGUCGAAAAACUUCGUUCGGCUGAAGAAAAAAUGGAGAAAUCUUCGAAAGAGCUCGGACUGAUUAAACUGAAAAUUGAUAAAAUUGAGGAGUCACUUACAAAUGAAACAUCAUCGGAAUCAAGUGAUAAAAAAGACGCGAUUAACUCAACUACAUCUUCUCAACAAACUACUCCGAGUGAUGUUAUGUCAAUUGAUGGAAAAUAUUUCGUGUUGCAGCAUACUUUCGAAAAUGUUUCAAGUCUGAAGCAUACAGAUAAAUUGUUCAGUGAAGGAGAAGAGCAUUUCGGAUUUCAAUGGCGAAUGCUGAUUCAACGCAAUAACGAUCAUCUAGCAUACUUUCUCUAUUAUCAAAACAUCCCGGAUAUUGGAGAUUAUUCUAUUUUCGUUGAAUUCGAACCAAAGUUGUCAUUGCUAAAAUUGAACAAAAUUGGCAACAGAUACAACACGGUUUUCAACAAGGACGAAUCAUGGGGAAUCCUCAAAUUCAUUGAGUGGAAAAAGCUGGAAGAAGAUUUCAGUGUCAACGACAAAUUGUCUGCGGAAAUUAGAGUGAAAAUUACGAAAACAACUGGUAUCUACAAGGAAAAUGUGAGAAAUUUUGAUGAAACAAUGAAACAAUUCUCUGAUGUUGUCCUUGUAAUCAAUGCUAAGAAGUUUUUUGUCUCAAAAUUGUACCUCGCGACUCAUUCUCCGUAUUUUAACACACUCUUGCUAGGACAGUUCCAAGAAUCAAAGAAAUCUGAAAUCAAAUUGACUGGAAUUGAUGAGGAUGAUUUUCAGAAAUAUCUGGAAAUACUUUAUGGAGAACAAGCGAUUGAUGAAUUCACCGUCGAAGGCAUUCUUCUCGUAGCCGACAUGUACGACACCCCAUUGGUCGUCCGUAAAUGCGAAGAGUUUCUGUUGAAAAAAUCGAAGAAAUCAUUGAAAACGAAGUUACGAUUGUCUACUCGUUUCAAUCUGGAAUUAUUGAAAAAGAAAUGUCUCGCUAAAAUCACAUCUGUCACCGAAAUCCGAUCAAUUCUUCCUGCGAAUAUUCAAGAUUUGGACAAGUCAUUAAUUGCGGAUCUCCUCGAAAAGUCUAUUUCUUUUCAAUAA